AUGAUGAACAGAGAGUAUUUACCCUUUACCACCGAUGUGGUUUUUGGAAAAGUAGGACAUGAAGUAACUUUCAGUUUGGAGGAGGCAAAUUUUGAGCCAGCAAUUCCUCCACCGAAUCCAGAUUACUCUGAUCGGGAUGAGGAUGCGGCUGGAAAAGAUGAUGCAAAUCAUGGGCGUGAUGGUGGACAGGCCCAGAAAAAGCAGAAAACUAUAGAGAACACGUCAUCUUCAUCUAAUGCCCCUACUAGAGGUGGACCUGUGCCAAUGCAAUUGGCAACUGCGAUGUCACUGCUCGAGAAAAAAGGCCUAGGGAAACUGAGCCAGUUACUAAGCCUAGAUGACAUAGCUAAGCCAGUUACUAAGCUACCAGAGAAAGCUACUAGUGGUGAACGUACUAGUACUGAACCCAGUUUGGAAGCUACAGAACGAUCAUUAGUGGCUGGGACACAUACUUUGCCUUCUGAUCAGUCACACUCGCCCAGGCUCAGCAAAAAGGUGACACCUACUCAGCCCAUGCCAACCUCGCCUAGGCCAAAGGUUGGGACAAACAGCAGGUCGACAUCACCUAUACCCAUGCUGUGUGAAAUUGAUAGCAGUGUUAGACCGGAGAUACCUCAUAGCAGCAGUUCUGCUCCGACCAUCAGGCAGACAGUUAAGCCUGCAAAAUCAGGCGAUCUGUUGAUGUCAAGGCUGAUGACUCCGCGUCCGUCGGCUUCAAGCAAGCUGGGCAAAGAUGUUGCAACUAAUAUUAAUGAUGGUUCAGGGUUACAAUCCCCUUCAGCUGACGAGGAUAUGACGAGCAAAGCUAUGCGAAGGGCUGCCAUCCGAAAUUUGGAUAGCCCUCCGGAGAAGAAGUCGGCGGCUGCACAGAGUGUGGUGCCGCAUUCGCCUUCAUCUCCGUCGAUUCCACAGCCUGAAGUUGAUAGAACGAUUGUAACACCACCCACAAAACAAUCGAAAAAAGGAGAUAUGAAUGUGGGUGUUACUAAACCAUUGAUUCUUGAUGCUAGUGAUGACAAGACCGUCGUAGAUGACGACCUGCUCACUCAUUUGAUCAAGGAUGUGUCGGAGGUGGAUUUUGAGGACAUGGACCCGGACACAAAAUUAUGUGAUCUGAAGGCCACUAUCCGAAAAUCAAAAUCUACCUCGAGAAAACAUAAGAUCCGGAAAAGGGUCAUAAAUAAAACCUAG